AUGAUAGCACAUAUACGCUCCGCUCACUCGAAAGAACUCAGCGAUAAGAUAAUGUCGCGAGCUUCGCGUAAAAGCUCAUCAAGUAAACCGGCGUCGUCGUAUUCAGCUGCAAAUGAUGCUUUCAUUUUAUCUAUCUGCACGUCCAAUGUGUCUUUCCGAUUUGUGAAAAAUGAAUUCUUCAAGAAAUUCGUUCGCAUUUUGGAUCCCAAUUAUAAGCUAAUCUCUCCUGAUGCUAUUCGUAGGAAACUGAUCGAAAAUGUGGGCGAUUACAAAAGAAAAAUCAAAGUAGAGCUUCGCGAUAUGAUUAAAUGUUUCAUUUCGCUCGAUGGUUGGGACGGCAAAAACGAAAAUACCUCGAUUUAUGCCGUCUAUUUAUAUUUCUUAGAUUCAAAUUUUGAAAGGAAAAAGAUUCUUCUUGGUUUGCGGCAACUGGAGAAAAAAGGCACAGCCAACAAUAUUGGCGACCUUACGCUGGAAAUGUUGAAAGAAUACGAUGUUGAUAUUUCAAAAGUUAUUGGAGGUCUGACUGAUGCCGGUUCAAAUAUCAAGAGUUUUUUAGAAAAAAAUGAUUUAUUCCAUGUGCACUGUCUCGCACAUUCUCUUGCAUUGAUUCUGAAGAAUGCCUCAGAGAUGCCAUCAAUUGCAAGAGUUCUUACGAAAGUUAAUCGACUCGCCUCGCAUCUUUCUCGUUCAAAAUCGGACAGGACAACUUUCAGAGAAAGAUCCAUAGCAUUGAAACUCGAAGGUCGCAUUCCACUUCCAUUUUGUGUAACUCGAUGGGGUGGAUGUUGUCUGUUGGCAAAGUCUUACCUCGCACAUGCUGAAAGUGAUUCUUCAUUCGCGUCAUCUUUGUUGGUUCAAUACGCUAGUCUUCACCAUUUCAUUUCUGCGCAAGACCAGCGAAACCAUCUCGUCCAUUGUCUUUCGAUUGAAACUCUGGAAAGAUACACAAAAUAUCUGGAAAACGACGUAUGUUUAUUCGCCACGUAUGCAGAUCCGAGAUAUGCUUAUAUGACUAAUGUUUUGAAUACAUUGAAAUGGGAAGCUGUUGAAGAAAUGGUCGAGCUGUAUUGUGAAAGCUUCAGAGCGCCGUCUUGCCAGCCAGCUACUACACCUCCACCACCAAAAAAAAUGAAACUUGCAGAAUCGAAUUUCCUUAGAUUUGUCGAGGCACAGACAGAAUCAGUGAAUUCCGGUUCAACUAAGAAAGAAAUUGUCGAGUAUGAGUCAUUAAUUCAAUCGGCUCGUCCACCAAUCCAAUCUUGCCCGCUCAACUUCUGGCUCACCCAUUCCACACGUUUCCCCAAGUUGAGCAUUCUAGCGUCUCAUUUUCUAUCGAUUCCUCUUUCUUCGGCGCAAGUGGAAAGGUUGUUUAGUCGGUGUGGAGAACUUAUGUCAUCGAGUCGCCGUAAUCGUUUGAAAUCGAUUACUGUAAAUGAUAUGCUGCUGAAUGCAGCUCUUGGACAAAUGAGCCUCCAAGAGAAAAAAGAAGAUGAAGAUUCUAGUGUUAGUGAGAGUGGCGAUGAUUCAGAAGAGGAGUCUGAUUCUUCGGCGGAUGAUUCCAAUGGACAAACCGCACCGCCAUCUGAUUCCAAUGGACAAGCCGGCAGCACUGUCACAAUUAUUGAUGCCACCAAUUAA